CCCCACGACGACCACAGCUCCACCGCUUCAGCCUCUACGCUUCGUGAACUCCACCGCGACGACCACCAUCAGUUGAGCAUAGAUCACGAACCAGAUUUAGAAAUGGCUUCUUCUUCUAAUGACAACAGCAACAUAAGAUUAAAACCGAGAAUGUGCAAUUGUGGAAGAACAGCUGCCAUACAUAUCGUAAAAACUAAUGAGAAUGGAAAUAAAGGGCGUUUGUUCUUUGUUUGCCCAUCAAAAUAUACUGAAAAUCCCAAUUGCAAUUACUUCAAGUUCGUGGCUGAAGAUGAUGAAGAUGUGACGUCCACAAUCCGUUCCAACACUAGAGCUUCUGAUGGUGUUACAGUAGAAGACUUUAACGAGCUGAGGAGGAGGCUGUAUGACGUGGAAAAUGAACAUGGCGCUAUGGUCGAAGGCUUCGAUGGGUGGAAAAUAUUUUGA